UCCUCUUCCAUCAAUCUCUAUUGCAUCCUGCGUGCCACGUUCGCCCGACUCUCUCACCGUCGCCCGAGCCGAGAGAACUCGUGUGUCCUCGCUCGUCUUAUCUCGUCUCCGUGCCCCCCGUCGUCGCCUGCUGUUUUGCAGCGCCCAUCCCUCUUCCCCCUUCCGCCGGCUCCACGGCAGGCACGGCACGCCUCCUCUGUCUGCCCUCUUCGCCCCGAGCCCGCCGCCCCCGAUGACGCCCUCGCCCUCACCUGCCGGCCAGGCUGCAGAGCCCCGGCGUCCGAGGAGCGCCCAGACCCUCUCAGUCAGUAUUGCUGAGCCUCAGCAGAAGCCCAGUCGCCGCUUCCAGCUCGAGGUCAGCGAGUGCGUCGAGACGAAGACGGUCACCACCACCACCCGCCUGACAAGGAAGUUUCCGCACGUCUUCGUCCGCGAUCCGACCCCGCUUGCCAACCUCGACUCCAAGGAGUACCCCUUGGCCAUGAAGGAGACGCCCCCCGAACUGCUGCAAUUCCAGUACAAUAUGUCGGGCAAGGCCCACGAUCAAGCCGGUUCCGACCAAGGCGACGCUGCCGGCGACGUCCCAGACGACGCACUGCCAAUGGCGAGGCCGAUGAAGCAGCUCAAUACCGGUGCCGUUACCCCUACGGCUGUCAAGUCUGAGCCCUUUGCCCACGAGACGCCGUCCCAGAUCACCGCCCGCCCGCCCGCCCGCUCGCCCUCCGAUGCGUGUCCCCGACGCACGCGACAAACACGUGCCAGCGUGGCCGACUCCCCAACCACCAGUGCCCCCGUCUCACAAUCCAACGCCGUGGCCGCACCCUCCAGACCUUCCCAGCGGCUCGCUCGCUCGUCUAACCUGCACGCCGUGACAGAUAAGCUCCGACGUUCCAUCGUCCAGGGCGGCACGACCGCCAAUGGAGGAGACACCAGUGGCAUGAGCACAGCUACGACCCAACGCCGCGGCCCCCUCCGUAGCGCCGCCUCUGGCUUCCUUGCGACCCCCGACACAUCAGAUUUGAUGGGUACUUCGUCGGAGCGACCGUCUCGACGACGCUCGGUGCAGCUUGAUCGCAUUCAAAACUCGCCUCCAGAGUCCACUCCAAGCAUGUCCCAGCCGGGACCCUGCGACGCCGCAAGCCCUUCGGGCAGCGACUCACACACCGUCUUCAGCAGCACUGUCGCCACGCCCCCUAUAACCGAUGCCGAUGCCGACGCCGAACCCUUCAACGACACCGACGAGUCGCUGCAGCAGUCCGUGCGAGCCCUCCAACACCGACCCGCCAUCGACGUCGUAGCUGCCCAGGACGCCAGUCUUCCUAGUCCGAGAUUAUCCCCGACCUUGGCCGCUUCGCAACUGCUGUCGACUGAUCACGAUGAAGCCCCGUCCACACUGCAGACGGCGACGGACCAAAGCUCGUGGAUGGAUGAUUCGCAGACGAAGCAGGAGAAUGAUGCUAUGGAGUUGAUGGCGUAUGACGACGACGACAGGCUCCUCGUCAAGCACGCAGAUGCCUCCUCUCCCGUCGUCGUGGAUACGCAGACCCUUCUAGAGGCCUUUGACUCGAUGACGACCGAGAUGAAGACGUUCAUGAUGUAUCAGUUCCUGCGUCGAUGCAACCGGUCCACCCUGCGCGUCGUUGCGGGCGCUGUCAACCCGGCCCUGAAGACCGACUUCCUCCGACAGCUCCCGCUCGAGCUGGCAUAUCACGUCCUCUCGUACCUCGACUGCCGAGACCUCUGCCGCGCCGCACAGGUGUCGAAACAUUGGCGCAACAUCGUGGACCGUAACGAGACUGGCUGGAAGGAGCUCUUCGACCGCGACGGCUUUGCCUUACCGCCUGGCGAGCUCAACAAGGCCAUCAUCCAGGGUUGGGGCUGGCAGGACCCAGAGGGUGCCGCAGGCUUCGAGAGGGACCUCAGCAUGCACGGCCGCCUGACGUCGUCUGACUUUGAGCUCACGAAACACCUGCGAAGCGAAGCCCCCAAGUCGAGGACAUCAAAGCGCAAGCGUGCUCUCAACAGCUACUCGGCAUCGGAGCGAUCAAAGCGACGUGCGGCCACCCAGGAGGCCGUUACGUCUCGAGAGUCUACAAGCCAGGUGGAGGUCAAGCAGCACAAGUCGGAGGGCCCGUUAUCCGCCGCUAACGCCGCCGCCGCCGCCGUUCCGGAUCCUCAGCUCGGCCUCGCCAGCCUGCGAGAGCUCCAUCUCUUCAAGUCACUAUAUCGUCGGCACUACAUGAUUCGCCGAAGUUGGACAAGCGGUGAUGUGAAGCCGGCCCACGUCGCCUUUGCGGCCCAUCCCCGUCACGUCAUCACCUGCCUGCAGUUUGAUGACGACAAGAUCAUCACCGGCAGUGACGACACGCUCAUACAUAUUUACGACACCAAGACGGGCAAGCUCCGCAAGAAGCUCGAGGGCCACGAGGGUGGCGUGUGGGCCUUACAGUACGAGGGCAACACCCUGGUCUCCGGCUCGACGGACCGGUCAGUACGCGUCUGGGACAUUGAGAGGGGUCUCUGCCAGCAGGUGUUUUACGGGCACACUAGUACUGUGCGCUGCCUUCAGAUCUUGAUGCCCACCGAGACUGGCAGGGACUUGGCCGGACGGCCCAUUAUGGAGCCGGCGCAACCACUCAUCAUAACUGGCUCCCGCGACAGCCAGCUCCGCGUCUGGCGCCUGCCCGGCACCGGAUCUCGGAGAUAUACCACCUCGAAUCCCAGCGCUAAAGAGACGGACUGCCCGUUUUUUAUUCGAGCCUUGCCUGGUCACCUGCACUCGGUUCGCGCUAUUUCGGCCCACGGCGACACGCUCGUGAGCGGGUCGUACGAUAGCACCGUCAGAGUCUGGCGCAUUAGCACGGGUGACUCGUUGCACGUCCUUCGUGGUCACUCCCAGAAGGUAUACUCGGUAGUGCUGGACCACGAACGCAACCGCUGCAUUUCUGGAUCCAUGGACUCACUCGUCAAGAUCUGGGAUCUGGCGACGGGCGCUUGUCUUCACACUCUCGAGGGCCACAGUCUACUGGUUGGACUCCUGGACUUGCGUGACGAGAGACUCGUGUCAGCCGCAGCUGAUUCGACGCUGAGAAUCUGGGACCCCGAGAACGGCCGGUGUCGACACACGCUGAUGGCGCAUACUGGUGCCAUUACGUGCUUUCAGCACGACGGCCAAAAGGUCAUUAGCGGCAGUGAGAAGACGGUUAAAAUGUGGGACGUACGCACUGGCGAGUGCGUGCAGGAUCUCUUGACAGACCUGAGCGGCGUCUGGCAGGUCAAGUUUGACGGACGGAGAUGUGUGGCUGCUGUCCAGCGUGACCAGCUCACCUACGUCGAGAUUCUCGACUUUGGCGCGAUACGUGAUGGCCAGCCGCCCGAGGAUCUCGGGAAGCGCGUCUUGCUUAAUGAGCACGAGGUGCGGGAGAUAAUCGACGAAGGCCCUGCAUAGGCGGAUGCAUGGCAUAAAGAGGACUGAGGUCCAAGGAAUACGACAUUAUGGAAUGCAUAUUCAAGUUGCGACGAACGGAUUCGUUCGGUUACAGGCGAACGCACUGUCUUUUGGCACUAGGCCCAAAAGUUUCGCUUAUGAUGGCGGGCAUGAUCACAAGAUUUCGGAGUUUGGCGUCAACAGCCAUGUGAUGGGAGGCGUAUAUACCUUUUUUGACAUCUUGUUCCUCGAGCAGUGUCUGCACGCCUUCCAUGCAUGUAUUGCACGCAAGUGUGCCCGGAAACACGGUCUCCGAGGCAGCGCAUGCGAGGAGCAUAGUGUAUAUACGAAUUACGACUCUUAUUCGCAGUGACGAUCCUAAGGGCAAGGUGAAGUGUGCAAGCUGUUUGGCAACAGGCGCAUUCAGGCCAAGUUACCCGGCCUGGAGAGGUAAGCGAACG